UAUCAAAGGACGGAUCUCGAGUUAGUUUGCAUCUGUUGCCUACGGGUCGUUCCAGUCUUCGCGUCUUUUCAGUCACAUCUAUUCUCGCGUACAAGCAUCUGUCUCACCAAAGGAAACAGUCAUGAGCGAGAAACCUCUCUUAACUCACAUUCUGUCCUCUACAUCUCUCACAUCCCAGAGUUCUCAGUAUUCUGAUGGGCUUGAAGCUAUUGAUGAUUACAUCAGAGCUCUACCCACCAAUUUCCUCGAGGAGGACGAGGAGCCUGCAUUGCGCUCUGCCAAACGUGCCGCCACGGAAGACAUAGAAACUCCACGAGCGACAAAGGCGCCAAGGCGCCAUUCCAGCUCUCACCUUGAGAUCUCCGAGGUCCCACUAAUAAGUGGAUCACCUAUCUCAAGUGGCCGAACGCUCAUCGCGGAAUCCGAUCCAACUGCGAUAUGCGAGCCUCUAGUGAUCGCUUCUGCUCAAGGCAUCCGUUGGGGUUAUAUCGAGAAGCUUCCAUGGGGGGCACAAUGGGAAAUCUCCCGCCUCCUCAAUGCCGGUCUCGACUACGACAAAAUCACGAUUGGCAUGCUUAUUCGCCUCGGAGAACUCAACGCGAAUGCUACCGCGGCCCCCGAGGUUUCGAAGCUCGUCGCUAAUGAGCUCUCCAAGAGAGGUUCCAGCAUAAAGGCCGAGAUGCAGGAUGACGUCUUUGCCUCGGCAUUCCUCAAGGAGCGGAAGGUGAAGUUACCUUGGGAAGAGCUCGAUUGGGAGGAGGCUGCGCUGAUGCGGAAUCCGCACGGUGGUCUUGGAUUGAACGAUAGUGUACCUGACCCCGGCUGGUACGGCGGAAAAGUGCAUUUCACCGCCAAAGUCGUCGUCGAGCGGGAGAACAAGACAUCAACGAUCAAGAUAAAGCUCGACAAGCCGCACCUCGGGUCCUCCAACCACUUCGCUCGGCGUUUCGGGUCUCGACGAUUCAUUCGCGUGCGGAUCCCAAAGGACUUCCACGCGAAGGCUGGGAAGGACAUGCCCGAAGACGCCCUACUCAACUACUUCAGGCGGCCAGUGGUCAUCAUGGGCCGUGUCUUCCGAGCCUUCUAUGCGAAGGAACAGAACGUAUUCUUAUUCCAAACGAACGAGUUAUUUAAUGGCAAGCGCAUUUUGCAGUCCAAACCUCGUUCGUGCAAAGUCAAGACAUGUAACAAUCUCAGCUUCUUGGAUUUCAUCAACUUCCACAAUAACAUGGAGCUCAAUCGAGAGCAGGCAAGCUUCUUCUAUUUAAUUACUAUGGUGAAAUGGGCUGCACGAUUUGCUCUAGGACUGUCCAAUUCAGUCCCUGGUGCAAAGUUGUCCCCAUCUAUGAUCGCAUUCGAGGAUGAUAUUGCAUGCGACAGCUGGAUUGGUACGGGCAAAGUACCGAACGAGCAGAACAUGACCGACGGCUGCGGAUUCAUUCGAGCCGAUAUUCUAUGUCGAAUUUCUGAUCGAAUGGGCUGGUCCGCUACUCCCAAGGCCAUUCAAAUGCGAUGCUACGGAAGUAAGCUUAAGAUCAAACUAUCACAGGGAACUGCCGUACCGGAAGAUGUCGACCCUGCGAAGCUCAUUAUUGACAUCGUCCGUCCAUCGCGGCUGACUACCCCAGCGCGUCUAUCGACGGAAACGAUCAUUAAUUUCGCCGAGAAUGGGGUGCCAAGUACCAUCUUCGUCAAGCUCAUGCAGCAAAGCAUGGAAGCAACGGUGGCCGGGCUCACAACAUGGGAAACUGAGGUCGACCUAUUUCGGUUAUGGAUGAACGUUGCGCGCGCGGGGGGUGUUGUAGCUUGCCGGCUUGCGAGAGAGGCAGCCGGCGCUGCUCGUGCAAGAGGUUUCGUGUUCGAGGAUCUCAGCGACAAGCUUGGUGAUGAAGACGAAGAUGGUUUCGAUGAGCUUGACAAGGCCCUUGAAGAACACAGCACUGCAUGGUGGGCCGAUCCGAUUAGCGGCUGUCCGUCCACCUUGGAAGAAACCGUGAUGGUCCUUCUCGAUGCUGGCUUUCACCCGCGCAAUUGCCCGGUCCUCGGCGCGAAACUCAAGGAAGUUGUGAAGAAAUCCGUUACUGUCUACGCGAAGAAAUUUCGCACAGACGUUGCCAUGUCUUGCACGGCUUUCAUCGUUCCGGACCCGUUCGGUGUCCUUGAGCCUGGUCAGGUGCACAUCAAGAGCUCAAAAUGUCAUCUGCUAGACCAAGCCGGUAAUAUGACCGACCAGAUUCUCGGUGACGUUCUUGUUACUCGACACCCUUGCAAGGUGCCCACGGAUGUGCAGAAAGUCAAAGCUGUAUAUCACGAGAAACUUCGGAAUUACAUGGAUGUCAUUGUGAUAUCAACCAAGAAUCACACCUUUGAGGGGAAGCUCCUGAACCGCCACCUCGCUAGUAUGACCGGAGGUGCAGGUGACUAUGACGGCGACACAAUGGAGGCUUACUGGCUACCAGACCUCGUGGAACCUUUCCGGAAUGCUGAUCCAAGAUUUGCUGUUGAGCCAGCAACUGUCCAGGCAUGCCUUGGCAAGAAUAAAGAGACAGUUGCAGAGUUUAUUGACCGAUGGGUCACUGGAUCCUGCGAGUCAGCUGAGGUCAUCCAUGCAUUGCAACCGUAUCUUCUUGGUGCUCUGAAGGACUCGAACAAAGUCGGGAUUUACUCGACGUACUGGGAGAACUCUAUCUAUUCCAAUGGAUAUAGUCAUGAGACGACUAUUUUCUUGGCAUACAUAUUUUGUGAAGUGCUCGACGGCUCCAAAAGUGGGGUUACCGUUUCUCCAGAGAAAUUCAUGGAGCAUCAAAAGACUUUUGCACACCGCGCUCCAGAAUGGAAGGAGACCGAUGAAGACCGCGAGGCAUUCCGUCGCUCAGGGACGAAUGCUGCCAACCUUCAAAGAGAUAAGAAGAAACUCGGUACGUUCAUCAUGGAUACCAUGUGCAAGGAGGCACAGAGAGCAGCCGACAAACAGUUCAGAAAGGUUGAAGAGCUGUUUAAUGGUGGUGCAGUCAAACGCGAUGAUGAUCUGUGCGCUCCGUGGCUCUGCGCAGUGCGGCGCGCCGCUGAAGCGUCGAGGAGAGGACAAGGUGAUUUUGCACAGAAAGAGUUGGACACAAUAAAAAAACACGUCGAAUGGGUGUACGAAUCAUGGCGGUCGUUACGCAACGCGGAAGCGGACGAAGGGCGCAAGGGUUCCGGUAGUGGCAGCAAGUCGAAACACCAUACAAAGGCGGCUUUCACGGCCCUGCCGAUCGAGAAGCGGCAGGAUACACUACGAGAACUUUCAAGGAAGUUCCACAGCGGCCCUCCAGUCUUUGGCGAUAGCGACGACGAAUCAUCCGAGGUGCUGUUGCAUUACAGCGCAGAGGACGUCCGCAUGCUGCGUGCAUCAUACGCUUACAUCUUCGACUACGAUAACUCGAAAAGGCACUGGUCGCGGUUCCCAUGGGAUGUCAGCAUGCGGGAGCUCUGCGAGAUCAAAGCACGAGCAUUGGGAGGGACGAAGAUGCUACGAGAGAACUUCUACGCGCGAAUGACUAUCGCGAAAGCUUUCCUCCAUUGA